GCGUCAGCUGUGCAAAUUGACAGCUUGUGACUGUGCACAAUCGCAAAGGCGAAUAUUCGAACACAGCAAAUGAUGCUGUUUAUUUCUAUUUUAAAUGAAGUAAUUUAAAACAUUGAACAUGGCCACGUUAAGCGACACCUUUCGUACCAACUGGCUGAUUGCAACCUUUGGCCUGGGCUUAUUUGUCGCCGGCUCUGUUGUGCUCUACUGGAACGAAGGAAGAGCGGUACACACGAUGUUGGCUUUGGAUGAGGCUUACGCAGACAUCUAUUCUAUGCAGUUUACCGAGGAGGAGCAGGAGAUGAGCUUUGAAAAUCGUAUUGUACAUCUAUCAGGGCCGAUCAUAUGUGGAGAGCCGCUCACCGAGCCCGACUACAAUAUACAGUUAAUGGCAGUGAAACUAAGGCGCCGCGUUCAAAUGUACCAAUGGGUGGAGGAGACAGUGGAGCACAAUUUCGGCGAAACUGUGGGCACAGAGUCGGACACACGCAGCUAUUACUAUACACGAGAAUGGCGUGACAAGAUUGUGGAGUCGCGCCACUUCUACAAUCCUCAUGGUCAUACGAAUCCACAACGUUUCCCCAUCGAAAGCGCCGUUCAAGUGGCCGAUGCGGUUUACAUAGGCAAAUAUGAGCUGGGGCCAGCUGUGAAGAACAAGUUCAACAACUACCAUGAGCUGACCUCGGAUAUAAGGCCGGACGACAGUGGUAUCAAGCUGCAUCUGGGUCUGUACUAUCACACCAGCGAUGUGUUCAAUCCAGAAGUCGGCGAUCUUCGCCUGCUCUUCACCUACGCUGGACUGGAGGGCGAACUCUACAGCGUGGUGGGUCGCUUGCAAGGCAACAAAGUGGAGCCCUAUGUCACUAGUCGUGGUGUGCAUGUGCUGCUCGUCUACCCAGGCGAGAUUAGUGCCCUGGAGGUAUUUCGACUGGAGUACAGGACGCAGGUGCUGCAUACCUGGUGGUGGCGUUUCAUAGGCUGGCUCCUGAUUUUCUUUGGCGUCAGCUGCAAUACAAAGCUGCUGAGGGUUGUCUUGCUCCGUGUGCCUUUGUUGAUUGGCUUGGCGCCCGAUUCUCACUAUCCGAUAACUGGGAACUUUUUGAUCGCCUUUUCGCUCUCGUUGACGAUUGCCGCGGUGGCCUGGAUACUGCAUCGUCCUGUGAUUGGGGCCUGCCUGUUCCUGGCGGGCGCCUCGCCCUACGUUUGGCUAACGCGCAAUCUCGUGGAUUAUCAGCGAAUGGAUUAAUCCGUUAUGUUCUCGUAACUAUUUACACAUAACUUACUUGUUUUAGUGCCAUCAAUGUCAAUAAAAAACUGAAUAACACUUAAAA